AUGAAGAGCACACCGGUUCUGCUGGCCGCCUUCGUGGGCCUGGCUACUGCCCUUCAACUGGAAACAGUCCACAGGCGGCAGUCUCCUGACCCUGCUGUCCAACAGCCUGGCCUUGAGCAAGCUCCCGCCCCGGAACAACAGCCGGCUCCCCAGCAGCAACCGGGCCCAGUCCCUCCCCAGCCACCUGUUCCUCCCCAGCCUAUCAACGUCCCUGGCCAUCCUCCUCAUCCGCCCCUCCCUCAACACCCCCCCCUUCCUGGAGUCGGACAUCCUGAAGAUCCUUGGAGUGGUCAGAACCCCGGCGAUUCUCAAGAGGAUUCGAGUCCCCAGGAUGCUUGGAACCCUGAAGCUCCUGGGCAACCUGCGGCUGCGAGUCAGCCUUCUGCCUCGGAAGAGUCCCCAGCUCCUGAGCAACCUCAAGAUCCCGAACAGGCACCCGCCCCUCAGCAGUCUCCCGGUCCUCAGCAGCCCGAUCCGCAGCAGGGUGAUCCGCAGCAGGGUGGUCCUCAGCAAGGCGAUCCCCAGCAGCCUGCUCCACAACAACCGUCCGGGAACGACCAACCUCAAUCUCAGAGUCCCCAACCGGAGCCGCAGCAACCCGACCCUUACCAAGCCGACCCCCAGCAAUCCCAAUCCUACCAGCCGACUGCCGAGCAACCCGCCGCCCAAACGCAGGCCCCAGCCCCGGCAUCCAGCAGCGUGCAGCCUGCGGAGGAAUCGGCAACAAUCGUGACAGAGGACUCCGAUGCCCCCAGCGACCUUCCCCUCCCCCUCCCUCCCGCUUCCUCGUGGGCGACGGAGGCUGCGGAAGCGGAAGAAACCCAUCGGCCGUGGGGGACGCGCAAGAAGGAAACGGCGACCGACGAGCCGGAAGAGUCCACGCCGACCGAGGAAGCUGACAACGCUGCGGCGACUGAGGAGAGCGGGGGGAACGUGCUGGCCCCGGCUUCAAUCGUCGCUCUUUGGGCGGGGGUCUUUGCUGCUGUGUUUGCUUGGUAG